AUGACUCCUUUGUCGGUGUCAGCUUCGACUACCAUCAUCAAGCAGGGAGAGGUGGAUGCAACAAAAUUUUAUGUGUUGGAAAGUGGAAAAUGCGAGGUAUACCUCUUCAACGAGUCCUGGGCGGAGGAGAGACUUGUGCACACCUAUCAUCCUGGGAGCGGCUUUGGCGAGCUUGCUCUUCUGUACUCUGCGCCUCGAGCUGCCACGGUCAAGGCCGUCAUGGCCUGCAAAUUGUGGGUCAUGGAGAGAUCAGUUUACUCAGCUGUGAAGCACAAUUUCGAUCAACAAAUGAUACAGCAAAGGCAGCAGCUAGUGGAAAAGGUGCCUCUUCUGCAAAUGCUGUCCGAAGACCACAAGGCUAUUCUUGCAGAGGCAUUGGAAAUGGUGGAUUUUCAGCACGACCAGCGUAUACUCAACGAGCAGGAAGUGGGAGACAAGUUCUUCAUAAUUCGAGAAGGAAAUGUGAAUGUCACAAAGCAGGGCAACGUCAUCGACAAACUGGGGCCCGGUGACUAUUUCGGGGAGAGAGCUCUUAUCCAGGACGACAAGAGAGCCGCCAGUGUCGUUGCUCAAGGCUAUGUGGUUUGCUACACACUUAGCAGGCAGAACUUCAACAACAUCCUGGGACCCAUCGAGGUUCUGUGGAGGUAUGAGGUCCUGAAAAAGGUCCCCAUUUUGUUCAACCUCAGCGAUAGACAAGCCUGGAGUCUUGCGCAGCAAAUGCAGCCUGCUCAUUUCAAGGCAAACGAAGUCGUUCUUCGCAAAGGAGAUGAAGGGGAUACAUUUUACGUUAUUGAGGACGGCCUUUUCUCAAUAUUCGAUGAAAACAAAUGUGAACUGGCGCGAGUCGGAAAGGGUUCCUGUUUUGGAGAGCUAGCACUUUUGAGACGAGAUGUUCGAGCUGCUAACGUAGUAGCGAUCGCUGAUUCCAAGUGUCUGCUGCUGCACCGGGAUGUCUUCAAUUCCAUGCUGGGGAGUUUAGGUCAGAUUCAGCAUGUCUGGAGGUUCGAGGCGCUGAGGAGAGUGCCAAUAUUAGCUCAGCUGACGCCUGGACAAAGAUCCUCGUUAUGCUCCGCGUUCAAACAGGAGUCUUUCAAAGCUGGAAAACGGAUCGUGAAACAAGGAGAACAGGGCGAUAGGUUCUACAUCGUAGAGUCUGGCAUCGUGGGAGUAUUCAAAGACGGAUGCGAGAACCCUCUCGUCAAACUUGGUCCAACGUCGUAUUUCGGAGAGCUGUCUUUGCUGAGAAACGACAAGCGCGCCGCCUCGGUGAUUUGCCUCACCAAUGUGACGGUCCUGUCGCUCAACAGGGCCGGCUUCGAUGAGCUCCUGGGACCUUUGCAGCAGAUCAUGCAGACCCAGGCCUCGUCUUAUGACGCCGUUACGAGCAACAAACUUGGAACUCAGGUUAAGCUCGAGGACCUGAAGAAACAUGGGGUGCUGGGAACUGGAGGCUUCGGUCGCGUGUUGCUCGUAUCCCAUUGUGGCAAGUUCUACGCCCUCAAGUGCAUGAGCAAGGCUUACGUGAAAGAGUCAAAUUUACAGGACCAUGUCAAGCGAGAAAGGGACAUCAUGCUGGAAUUGCAGUGUCCCUUUAUAGUCAAUUUGUUGGCCACUUUCAAGGACACCUACACCGUUUACAUGUUGAUGGAGUCCAUUAUGGGAGGGGAGCUCUUCACGUACCUCCAGAAAAGAAGAAAGCCUCUCAGCGAGAAUCACGCCCGAUUCUACGCGGCGUGCGUUAUUGGAGCCUUCGAGUAUUUGCAAGAGCGGCACCUCGUCUACCGCGACUUGAAACCAGAGAACCUCCUCAUCAACGUUGACGGGUAUCUGAAGGUCACCGACUUUGGUUUCGCCAAGAAAAUGCCCACCGGGGGAAAGACCUACACCCUUUGUGGGACUCCGGAGUACUUGGCUCCCGAGUUGGUCACGCAAACUGGGCACAAUCACGCGGCUGACUGGUGGGCUGUGGGUGUCCUCAUUUACGAAUUGGUGACAGGGCGGCCCCCUUUCUAUGACGAUGACCGAGUUAAAAUGUUCAAAAAGAUUUGCGAUGUGAAAUUCUCCUUUCCCCAGCACGUUUCAGAGGAAUUAAGAGAUCUCAUCAAACGACUCCUUAUGAAGAAGCCGGCGAUGCGCCUUGGGGCUCAGAAGAACGGAGCUUCUGAUGUGAAGGCACAUGCAUGGUUCAAAGGAUUCAACUGGCCAGCUUUUGAGCGCCAGGAGCUGCAGCCUCCCUACCUGCCAAAGGUCGCUGGGCCCGGGGACGCGAGCAAUUUCGUUAUCCCGGCAGAUGCCAAUACUCACCCCGCUAUGCAGCAACCAAAGAGAUAUGUGUCUACAGGCGUCUUCAAAGACUUUUAG